AAAAGUCAUUUGACAGGUAUUUGGUCUUCCGAUCAUGUGUUAGUUUGGUUAUUUAAACGCAUAUGUGACAGAUACGGCCGAAUACAAAAUAAUUGAAUUAUAUAUAUAUAUACACACAUAAUACAACUGUAUUAAAGUACAAAUCGCUGGGACUCUUGAUGUUUAAAAAUAUAUCUUACAGAAAUAAUAAUAACAAAGUAGAUUCAAAGUAUCAAUUUCUGAAAUAUAAGAAUAGUGAAAUACUUAUCAAAGAUUGUUGUAGUGAUAUAAAUUAAGUACUGGAUUAAUUACUAGUAGAUAAGCCUGAUCUAAAACUUUAAUUCGAUUUUGGAAGAAUCUCCUGGUGCUUUACAAAUCCCUCAUGAGCAAGCCGUACUGUCUAUCUUGAUUUUAACCUUAUAAGAACAAUAUUAUAUCUCAUUUUCCCUUAUUUUCAAUCAUAGAAAAUAUGUUUCAUUUCAAAGAUAUAAUUGAUUGAUUCACAUAAAUACUUUUUUGAUCAAAAGUUUUUUGACAUUUUACUAAUUAUACAGAAAUAAUCUCAAACUUUUAAAAUUUCAUCUCUUAAAUAUGUAAAAAGUAUAAACUUAAAAAUAAUUUUAGCACUUGUAUGUGUAUUUUAUGUAUAUUUAAAAUAAGAAUUAAUUAUAUAACUAAAAAUAAAGGUUCAAACAUGUUUUGAGGCUUAGUUUCUUAUUGGUAAAACUAUUUUCAUUACUGCCAGUCUAAUAUUAAAUUGUUAAGUAUUUCCUUGUGAGCCAGUGCAUGUUGUGAAAUCAAUUCAUCAUAUUGCUUAGUGGAUGAAGAUUGAUGGUUAUUCAUCCGAAUAUCUGGUUGUAUUUCAACCAGAGUAUAGUCUUUUGAAAUAAUUUGUAAGGCAAAGUGGAAAUUACACCUUUUAUUUACAAAUAAUGUUAUUACAAAUUGGGUAAGUUUUGUUGUGCUACUUGUAAAAGUUUUAGAAAUAUCUUGAAUUUUGAAUGCAACACAAUGUUGCAUCCAAGAAUGGCGACUUGGAAAUUGCAAACUAUUAGAGAACUAACAAAAAUAAAUACACUUACAUUAUAGAUAAUAAAGGAUACAAAAAUAGCCUUGAAAUUAUAGACAUUGCCAUCAGAAUUUAUUUUUAAAGUACUUUUUUUUUCUUCUUGUAGAUACCAUUUAAUUAUGGCAUUUGUUAUAAAUUACAUUUAUACUUGUUAGAUCACAACUUUUUUACAUGAUUUGAAUAUACGGAUUGUACUGUAUUAUUCUAUAUAAUUAAUAUUAUUAUUAAUUAUCUUGUAAUAGUAGUACAGAAAUGUAUAUAGGAAAGUUUUAAAUUUUUUAGGCAUAUUUUCUCUUUUUUUUUAUAUGUGUAGAGGAGAUGUGAUCUAUUUAAAGUUUUAUAAUAAAUUAUUUAUGUAAUAGAUAGAUUAUUGAAAACCCAAAGAGAGUUUAGACAAGGUAAAGCAUGGGAACUAUAUAUUUUAAUGAAUAGUGCUUAGUUUGAUUGAACAAUGUACAUUAAUUAUUAAACUAUUCAAAAUGAAUUAUACCUUUUUAUUUAUUUUUGUUAAUUUAUACAAAAAUUAUGAAUUUUUGUUCAUAAACCAGAACUUCUAACUUAUUUAAUGAAACAAACAUAGGUUUACCUAUUUCAAGGUCAUGUUACUAUCUAAAAUAAAGAAUAUUUGCUUAAUAAGCGUGAUUACUGGAACCUAUCUGACUGUUAAUGUAUAAUUAGUGGUUAUUGCAUGGCAGUGAGGACUUGCGACAGGUUCCGACCAUCACAACAGCCCAACCUUCACUGUUAGCUCCAAGAUGAGAUUGGCAGCUCUGUGGGUCUGUGUGAUGUCACAGCAACUUUUGGCUGUCCGAGGAGAGGAUCAAGUGACCCCGGAGCUAGGGCUAAAACGUGUGGUGAGCGAGAGAUCAUGCGAGUGUGUGCCAGUCUACCGCUGCCAAUUCAAAACAUCUACCGACGGCUCAGGCUCUAUUGAUAUCAGAGUGGAUAGGCAGGGUUGUCCAGGGCUGCUAGAUGUCUGUUGUCCAUUCACAAUCACUCGUCCGCCACCUGCCACCUUGUCUUGUGGAGUGCAAUUUACACCAAGACAGGUUGAGACUCGUAUCACUGGGGAUGACUAUGCCCAUUAUGGUCAGUAUCCAUGGAUGGCAGCACUUCUAGCUCCUGGCCGAAAGUACGUCUGUGGAGGCUCCCUCAUCCACCGCCAGGUGGUAUUAACUGCAGCACACUGUGUGCAUCAGGUCAGACUACAAGAGCUGACAGUGAGACUUGGCGAGUGGGACUCUCAACACAAGACAGAACCAUAUCCAGUGCAGAACGUUGGAGCGGUAGAGAUAGUAAUCCAUGAGCAGUUCAAACUCAAUUCAUUGUUCAACGACAUCGCCCUGGUGUUUCUGGCAUCCCCAGCUGAACUGGGAGGAAACAUUCGUACCAUCUGCUUGCCUGAGGCCAACGAGAUCAUAGAUAGCCGAAAAUGUCUGGCCAGUGGUUGGGGCAAAGAUGCUUUUGGUAGAGAAGGCAAACAUAGUGCCAUAUUAAAGAGCGUACAGUUGUCUCUAGUGCCCCGAGAGGAAUGUUUGCAGGCUCUCCGAGAGACUAGACUCGGAGAGUUCUUCCGUCUCCACAUCAGCUUCCUUUGUGCUGGCGGAGAGAAGGGGAGAGACACUUGCAAGGGUGAUGGAGGCAGUCCGUUAGUCUGCCCCACCCAGCAGAAUUCCGGAGUGUAUUUGCAGGCUGGGAUCGUGUCUUGGGGCAUUGACUGUGGUCAAGAAGCCCCAGCUGCGUAUACCAAUGUGGCCCUGUUCCGCAGCUGGAUAGACCUACAACUUCUUCGCCGUGGGCUGUUGAUUGACCAUUAAUUUUCAAUAUUAAAUAAUCCAAUUUCGUUUAUGAUUUGACUGUAAUACUCAUAUUUAUGUUAACAUUGUGUUACAUAUAAAUUACUGAAAAUGUUGUUUCAUGAGAUUGAUGGAAAUAAUAUUACAAGUCAGUGAAUAUAUACCACUUGUUGACAUUAUAAAUUAUGGAUAGAUUGGUUGAAGUAUUUAAGAUAUUUAUAUUUCUUGAGAAAGAAUUAAAUUAAUUUUGAGUUACAA